AUGCUUCUCCCUGAUAAUCGCAACGAUCUUUCUUCACAGUCUCUGCAGCAAAGCCAAGUUGACGAAUUUCCCGAUGGCUAUGACACGAAUUUGGGACAGAUUGUUGAGUGCUACCAAACUGGGAAAGAGCGUGCACAUCCGGCUGUAAGCUUCAAUGUAACCGCUUCGCAUCGUCCAGAUCCGAUGGACCAGCCCGAAGGUGCUUCAAAGACUCCCUGUGCAUCCUCAUAUAGUCACUCACAAGGUUCUCCCAUAGCAGGACAUGUCCUAGCAAGAAGAUCGGACGACAGAUUACUGCGACCUGCUUCCGCCCAAAUAUCAGAGCAGCUUCAGAUGCUUCCACUUUUGUUUGUCAUGGAAGUCUCUAGCACGAGCGAGAUAAUCUUCCAGGCAGAAAAGAACACGAUCUCGUAUAUAACCUCGAAGCUUGAACCUAAGGAGCCGGCAAACCAGUGUUACAUCCUACCUUGGGAUCGCCAAGCUCAUGACCCGGUACCUGCACAUCUGAUUGGGAACCUCCAACAUGGCGUUGGAUCAAAUCCAUCGAGCAUUUUCGAAAGUUAUCUUGCUCAGAGAUGCCUUGAACAGUCAAAGAUCUGGUUCUUCUUGACAGAUGGUGUUAUUGAAGAGGAGCAUGCCGAUGUUUUUACCAGUAACAUUACCGAAGCAGGAAUACAUGGUACUCCAAGCGUCAUAAUUGUCUUCGGAAACAGGUCUCGCCCUCCUUCUCGCAGCAAACUCUCAAUUGGCAUGUCUAUCUGUGCAACAUCGCCACAUUCCAAAGGAUGUUUCGCUAGUUUGCUUCCCGAGGGGUCUUACUUCAAGUGGUUCAGUGGAACAAAAUGGGCAGACUUUCCCCAAACUUCUUACGAUAGGCUACUCAGGGUUCGAGUUCCCAAGCCAAUUCAACUCUCCAAAGAUGAAGUGGCCCUGCCUUACGGCAAGGUGUUCGAUAUGAAGUUUAUCUACAACGACUCCAUGUCGGACCAGGAUAAACUUCAACUAGUAUCGAACAAUUCAGCCCUCGAUGCGAUAAUGUUAGUUGCCAGAACGAGAGGAGAAGGGUUCUUGGUGAAGCUGUGGAUUGAGAGCCUUCGCAGAACAACGAGAAGAGACAGUUUGACCAUAGAGAGAGACGACGUCGACUCACGAGGGAUAAUAGUCAUGACAUCCUUAAUUAUGGCAGCUGAGCAAGAGCUGAAAGCACCAAACACUCGCCAGAAAGAUAUUUGGUCUUGUUUGACAUCUAUCGCAUCUCCUCGUCGGUCCAGAUCCAUGCAAAUACAUGGUACAAGCCAGUUGAACUUUGAUCGCGCGUCACUUCGACUUCAGCACAAAAAGAAUUGGGCCAACUUCAAGGCCAAGGUGGAGAUGGAACAGGCGGCUUUUAGGCGUGUCACCAAAGGCUUGCGAGAGGUCCAUCUUGCCCCAGCUGACACGUUUUGGUACCCCGCUAGUGGAAUAAAGACUAGGAUGAACAAUGAGAAGCUGCCGACAUCUGUUCAACUAAACAAGUUUGACAAACAAGAUGUCGAUAAGGCACUCUUUCUCUCUGGCUUCGCGGGUACCCGGAAGCAUGAAAAAGGUGCACGGUCAAGGGCAUACGCUACUUGUCCAAUAUGCCGUGAGCCGAAUUCGAUCCAAACAUUGCUACUGCGAACGAGCCCAGAGGACAAUUUAACUUCAAACUUUCCAUUGCCCAACCAAAUGCUGCAGUUGAAGUGCCCCUUGGCGCUGGGAAACUGUCCAGAGGUUGCCAUCAUCCUCCCACUUACAUGCUGCGAUGGCUGCGCAUUCCUCCUCCUGAGGAUGAACAAGCAAGCCAACUCUCUUCAAAUCAGCCAUCAGAUCGCCGCAGCACUGCCACUUGUAUCGCUCCAAGACAAGCAGAAUCGCAGGUUGUGGAGGCAGACACUCGCAAAGGUCUUCAGACACCGUUUCCACGAUAGUACUGUCUUGUCUGUCUUCCUCGCUACUGUCUGCGCCGAAAUCGAAAAUGUCCCCAGUCUAGCACGCUCAAAGAGUCUCAAGUGGUGCAGAGACGAACUCUGUCGACUCCCAGGGAUCCACGUACCCCAAAGCGCCAGCCCAGAGCUCGUCACUAGUCUUCCAUCAGCAGUGGACAAUGUGGUUCCGCCCCAACAGGUCGCCUUCUUCGCAUGCCUGGGAAACAAAUUCUAUCUUAAGGCAGUUCUGUCGCAGCCGAUUGAGGGGUUUGUUGUGCUUAUUCAGCUCGCGACAUCGAUGAAUGUUGUUAAACCAGAGGCUAUCAGGAAAUUGGUUUGGAAGCGGCUUCUAUGUCACUUUAUAGAACAAGACUUGCGCCUGAGAACUAAUUUCGGGGCAGAAUACGCCUAUGCCAUGUUGCAAGAAAUCAUCCAAGAACCGCCGUUCUCUAGCCAAGGGCAUCAGGGCAAAUUCGCUGUAUCUCCCCCAGAGCAACGCGCAUCUGUAUCACUGACUUCGUUGGUCAAUUCUUACCUUAUCCCACCAGGAUCGAGCGCCAUAUCGCACUUUUUCCGCAUAGCCUGCUUUGGGGAAGUAUACAGUACGACAGAGUAUAACGCAGCGCUAGCAGUAUUUUUCAAUAUAUUGGCCAGCAUCAAAUAUCAUGGUCAGGAGGCGACGGAUGUUUUGGAAGAGAUGCAGCGUGUGGCAAACAAAUUACGCCACUUAGCAGAGGAUAUAAGGAGUGUUUUUGAGGAUCCAACCUCUGUUGACGAGCCUGGAGCUACUUGUGUCAUUGCUCAUUUAGAGUCAUGGCUAAAAUGCAUUAUGUCAAGGAAUCGAGCCAUUCCAAGCCUGGAAGUCCAAACUGAUAUUUUAUAA